GGAGAACCCCUGGAGAUCAGUCCAGAAGUAGACAGAGCAGAGGACAGAAGAAUGAAAGCUAAUGGAGAACCAAACUACAGAAAAAAAUCCGAUGUAACCAUAUGCUUGUCCUGUAACUGCUGACUACCUGAAGGCAAGAAGCUGAUGCCAUCUUGAAAGGCUUUAUGAUUGUCAGAUGGUAGCAAAGUUUAAAAUUGCAGUUAACUGCCUGGACUGGACUGAUAAGAGUGGUAGAUGCUUAAAACCGGGAUAUAGAAGUGGCUUUCUACAUUACUAAUGCAAACCUAACAUGGCAUUUAAUGAGGACAUUCUGAGAAACAUCUUAAAGGAAUCUGGGACAAUUAAUGAAAUUAAAAAUGAGUUCAUGUACAUAGUUCUGACAUCAUUAAGCAAAAUAGUGAGGCAAGUAAAUGAUCUAGAUAAAUUUACUGAAGAUGUGCUUGGCAAACUUGAUAAAGAGAUCCAUGACCUCUCUUUUAAACUCAAGCUUUUACAAGAAAAUGUAAUUCAGUUAACUAAUGCUAUUCACAAAAUUCCAAAUGACAUUUUAUCUAUGCAACUUUGGAAAUCAAGAAAGACUUUUUCAAAGAUAACCAUUGAAACACAGCAAGUAUACUCAUGCACAUCAGUGCCCAUUAAAAUCUUUGAAAGAAACAAUUCCAAUAUACGAGUACCACUUCUUACAGUGCCUGAGUAUUACCAAAAUGAUAUGGAAGAUUCACCUUCUUCCAAUGGUUUAUUCCACCCAUGCGUGUGUUGUUCAAAACUUUUUAAAGAUAACGUAUCUGUGAAUAAACGACUAGCAAGUGAGAAGGAACACACACAAAACCAGAAUCACACCCAUGCUGGUGAUUUCAAAAAUGUACUACAGUGUCACCUCUUAAAAAAACAUAUCCCUGUAGAUCACAUUCCAGCCUCUGGUAGUGAGGUAUCUCAUUCAUACUUGGAUCAAUAUGGUGGUGGCUCUUCCUUCUAUAUUUUCCCACCAAAUAGAAACAAGCGUCAAGGAACAUCUGCAGCAAAUAUCUUACCUAGGGAGCAAGAACAGCUACACUACCAUAUUGGGUGCAUGAGCAAUUCACGUCCUCGUGUCCUUUAUGGAACUGGUAAGGGGGAUGUGGUGGUUAAGCAACGACGAGUUUUGACUCAUUCCAAAUCCAAUGUAUUUGUCAAUCCCCUGGCACCAAAAGCACCACCAUUGCCAUCUGAUUGGCUCAUCCACCUUAUCAGUUCUAAAAAACCAUCUGCUCCUGGAGUUAUAAGCUCAAGAGGAACAUCUUCCUUCUUUGUUUUGGGAAGAACUAAAACAUUACCAUCUGCUUGCUUGAAGAGCAAUCCUAAUAUAGAUCCAACAAUGCCACCUGAAGUUGAGAUCACUGCAACAUCAGAAUCACUUGAACGUUAUGAACUAAAACCAGGUGGUCUAAAUCCACAGGAUAUGGAUCAGAAGAUCCCUCUGCUUUUAUAUCCUUCAGUAAUUCCAUUAAGAAAUCAGUCAUGGGAUUCAGUUGUGACUCUUAUUGACUCUUUAGUUGAAAAACCACAACCGAUAAAGUCUUCUUUUCCAAAGUCACCAAGAUCUCUCUCAAAAUCAAAAUAUGCCCAUGGAUCUCUACCACAACAUCCAGUUGCAAAUACAUCAAGAACUUUUAGCGCCCAAUUGCCAAAAUCAUAUAGGGUACCUUGCCAUUCGUUUUCAGUAUCUGCCUCACCUAGUCCCAAACCACAAACAUCUUCAAAUCUAGUGCCAAAGCGUUCUGUAAGUCACUUAACAAAGCUUAUUGAAGCACAGUCAAGAUCACCUGUGACAUAUCCAAAAAGACAUUUACAUCCACCACAAGCAAAACCAUCAAAACAACUCAACAAAAGCAACUUAACAAAAGUUUCCACUCUACAGUCAUCGUUGUCGUCUAUAAAAUCAUCUGCUUCAAACCAUAGAGCUCUAGCGAAAAGGCAUUAUAGAAUAGAGUCAGCAUAUGCAAGUAUCUUGCAAAACACUUCCAUCCUGCCAAUAAUGACCAAAGCAAGAAAAGCAUUAAUGGAAGCAAUAAGAAAAGGCAUUAAACUUCGCAAAACUCGACCAAGAGCUGAAAGUGAUGAUCCUGAAAAUGAAGCAAAAAUGAUCCGGUUCCGUCGUAAAGCAAUGGGAUAUCAUUCAGGAAAAUCAGACAGCGAGACUGAAUGGGUUGAAUAAAGAAAGAAACCAUGAAGAGUAAAA